UAUAUGAAUAUCAGAUGAGCUCGGUUUGUGCCAUGCGGACCUGCACACACACACACACACACACUCGCACACAGGCAUUCACACACACCACUUCUGGCCAGCAAUAGGCUGGUGCAGACGAUUCCCACCGAAGACACGGAUCUGAGACAGAGAGGGAGAAAGAGAGAGAGAUCAGGAUGGGUGUUACAGGAGAAAUGAAGGAGGACGAGGCUGCGUAAGACAGCGCUGAGAGAUAAAGCGAGGGUGGGUGAGCAGACGGGAGGAGAGGAGAGGACAGACAGCACCAGCCUCAGCAGGUUUGUGAAAGAGAAGGAGGGAGAACUAGAAGAAAAACUGGCGAGAUAAAGUGCUUGUGAUGUUGCGUGGGGAUGAUGCCGAAUAUCAGCGCCGCUAUCACACUCUGGGCAACACGCGCCGCCUCUCCAACCCCGACAUGGAGGCCUUUGCUAAGCUCCACAAGAGCGGCGACAUGGAGCAUCAGAGAAACAAAUACCCUCCGCAGCACGCCGCCACGCUGGUCAACACCAACUGCGCGCGACAACAGCAGCCACAUUACUGGAGUUUUAAGGCGCGGACUCCACGCGGCGCUGCGGGGCUGCAGCAGCACUCGCUGGGCGAGCAGGUAGGAGGGCGACUGUGUUACGCGUCCGCAGAGAGUUUGGAAAGCAUGGCCGAUGCUGAGCUGCCGCUGGGCUUCAGUCGCUCCAACAUCCUCAGACAGAGUCUUCCACUGGCACGAUCACCUAGUCAGGCUAAACUGAGAGCGCCAGCGGUGCUGUUUUUGCAGUUCGGUGACGAGACGCGGCGGGUGCACAUCACUCACGAGCUGACCAGCAUGGAGACGCUUCACGCGCUCAUCGUGCACAUGUUUCCUCAGAAGCUGACCAUGGGCGCGUUGCGUUCGCCCGGCACGGCUCUGCUCAUGAAAGACGAGGCACGCAACAUCUUCUACGAGCUGGAGGACCCUCGUGACAUCCACGACCGAUGUCUCAUCAAGAUCUACUGCAGAGAGGCUCCAAUACGAGACACACACUACAAUGCACAGCACACGGCUCACCCCGUACACCACGCACACAUCGCCAACGGAGACCUGCGGAGAGAGCUGGUGUAUACCUCGAGGGAAUCGUCUCCCACGCGGCGUUUAAACACCCUCCCGUCUUCCUCUUCUCCUUCCGGAUCUCCGUCACGCUCGCAGUCACGCCUGUCUUACACGGGUGGGCGUCCGUCGUCUUAUGCCGGUCCCCAUCCGUCGCCGCAGCUCCACCCCUAUCAGCAACACCACGCCCACCCCGGAGGUCAUGCCCCCCAGCAGGCCGGCCACACCCACCCUGCAUUCUGCCCCUCCCCAAGUGCCAUUCUAGAACGCCGUGACGUGAAACCAGACGAGGAAAUUACUUCGUCCUCGAAAAGCGUGGUGUUGCUUAAAAACGAAGCGAUAUAUGCAGACCCCUAUGCGCUCGUCCAGGAUCCCCGGCUCAGCGUGGCCUCGCCGCAAGCUUUGGCGUACCGCCGCGGAUCUGUGCGCUCCAUUGGUGGCUACCCCGCCGCGGCAUUGCAAUGUGAGCUCGAGGGCGCCCUCUACAGGCCCGGCGGUCCUAUAUAUGCCGAUCCGUAUGCUACGAUGGGUUUCCGCACCCUACCUCCAGCCUCGCCUCAAAAACUGUCUGAUGGCAGGGAUCCGUAUGGGAGCCACCCGGGACGAGGGUCCCCUGGGAGACAUGGGUUUCGUAAGGAUGGCACUGUGUACAUAGAGAGCCCCAAAAAUCGUCCUGGAGGACCACCUCUGGAGCAGAUAUGUAUGCUCGGGGGCCCUGGAGGAGACGGAGGGCCGAUGCCGGUGUACGGCUCAACAUUACCUGGUAACGAAGAGACCAGAGAGCGUAUGGAGGCCAUGGAGAAGCAGAUCGCCAGUUUAACCGGACUGGUUCAGAGUGUCUUGACCCGAGGACCAGACAGCCCCGAAAAAGCAGAAACAGCAAGCGACUGCUCCGCACCGGAGACUGGAAGGUUUAGAAAACAAAAAGUGUCGUCGCCGUCUGCUCCUCUGGCGCUGAUGCCGCCCCCGCCCGCCGCAGUCUCUCAGCCAAUAGCAAUGUCCCGUUCACAAAUGCAGCUGCACCUUACUGACCUGCAGCAACACACAGCUGAACUACGCAAACAGCUCACACAACUGCGCCAGUUACAGUUGCAGAAUCAGGACUCAGUUCAGGCAUUACUGAGGCAGACGGAGUCGGAUUUGGGGAUGUGUCUGAUCGAGGCGUCUCGCACACAAGAAGAUCCAUUACAGCGUCAGCGUCUUCUUGUUGAGGAGGAGAGGCUACGCUACCUUAAUGAAGAAGAACUUAUUAUACAACAACUACAUGAUCUCGAGCGCUCGGUGGAGGAGAUGAGGACAGGGGCGGGACUUAACCAUCAUUUGGUGACCGAACAGGAAAUAGAACAGAAGAGUCUGGAGCUUAGGAGACUGGGAGAGACCGUCACUGACCUCAAGAAUCAGUUCCCCACCUUACAAAGCAAGAUGCGUGUGGUGUUAAGGGUGGAGGUGGAAGCCGUCAAGUUUCUGAAAGAGGAACCGCUCAGACUGGAGGCCUUGUUGAAACGCUGCAGAAACAUCACCAAUACACUUGCUCUACUACGAAGGCAGGUAUCAGAAGGUGUGUGGAGGACACCCGAUGACUUCAGUAGUUCGGUUUCUAGCGCGAGCGAUGCUGACUUCAGCAGGAGCUCUGAUCUAGAUAUUCUCACCAGCCCUUCUCUAAAUCUGCCCGACCUAGGAGGCACCUUAUCGGGCACUGCCACUCUUUCUGCCUCCCUAGGCACUAAUACUGCAAAUCCUGGCCUGACGAGUGCUUCUAGUAUAGGAGGUACCACUAGUCUGUCUAACGUGCUCGGCUCUGCUGUUGGUGCCAGUAUGAGCAGCGGUGGUAUUCCUGGCAGCACUACGCUGGGUAACUGGCUGGCAGCGGCCGGGGCAACAGAUCCCAUCAUGCCUGAACUGGAUGGCACCUCCACGGGUCCAAUAAAGACCAGUGGCCUGGAAGAUCUGCCCGCACGCAGAGAAUCUGACAAAGGAGUGUCCGUGGAGGUCCGACUGGCUGCAGAGCGCGACUGGGAGGAGAAGAGAGCCAGUUUAACUCAGUUCAGCGCUCAAGACAUCAAUCGUCUGCUGGAGGAAACCCAAGCUGAGCUAAUGAAGGCCAUUCCAGAUCUGGACUUCGCCGCCAAGCAGAUCACCAAACCGGCUGUACCGCCGAAGCCUCAGUUGUCAUCCCUCCCAGCGCCUGGUUCAACAUCCUCCACUCCUAGCUUAACACCUGAACAUCAGCCCAGCAAAACCCCACCAAAACCACCUAGCAAAGACGGCAUCCCACGCAGGGGAUCAGGGGAGUUGACUGUGCAACGGUAUCGUACGGAGAAGCCGUCCAAGUCUCCACCCCCUCCUCCUCCACGACGAAGUUUCCCAUCAGGCCUUGGGCUUACGACCAACAGCAGUGGAGAAGUUAUUACCAUAAACAAGACUGUGAAGAAGUUGGAGAAGAUGGAGAACAGAGAGGAGGCUGAAGUACCGACUCAGUCCCAGACGCCUCCCGUCAAACUGAGACGCCCGUCAACCUCCGACGGGCCCCGACCUUCAUCCACACCUCCGGCCAUCGCCGCUUCUGGGAUGAAAGAAGAUGAGGAUGAAGAUGAGAAGAUAAUGGCAGAGCUAGAGGCGUUUCAGAGAGCCCCAGUGAGACUGAGGGUCACUGCUGAGGCCCAAAGCCCUCCUGAGGUCACUCCUAACAGUGUUGACAGGGCAGGCCAGUGGAUCAGCAACUCUCUGUGGAGAGAGCCUGUAGGCACUCCUCCGGGCUCCGCGAAACUGGUGCAGCCAUCUGCCGCGUCCCGUCUGCGGCACCUGCAGCAGAGCAGCCUGGAGCGCCGCAACAGGAAACAGCAGGAGGAAUUCCCAAAGCUCCAGCAGGGUCAGCAGCAGGUAUUCCACUUCUAACAAUAGCUGCGCCCUGCUAUCGCACAGUCAGCCGGCCGACUGACGCUCGCUCUCGCUGACUUUACCUCUAAAAGGCACGAGUCAGAACUGUGGUUAAGUGCAAACUCAUCCGUCGACUCCAAUGACUGUAACACUUGCAGCCGAGCACUUACUUCCAUAUAAGCUGCUACAACUCCCAGUUGCUGCACAGAUGUUAUGGUUUUCCACUGUGCGAUGGGGUUCAGUAUGCACAAGUCCUCUGAUUUCCCCGUACGCUCACAGAUUACGUAUCUUUCUCUUCCAUGCUACUCUUCCAGAACAAUAAAACAGCACAAUAUAGUGUAUCACAACGCCAGGGAACGAUGCCAAAAGACUAAAUUUCUCUCUCGAUUUGUAGAUUGUUUCUACUUUAGAAGGAAAAAGUUGACAUUUAGGCCUGAAAUUUAUGUUACGCAAGUACACAGAUGCAAAAACAGUGUUCACAUACACUGCUGUUCAAAGUUUUGGGGUUGGUUAGCUUGAAAAGUCUCUUUUGCUCACCAAGGCUGCAUUUAUUUGAUUUAAAUUACCGAAAAAAUUCUAAAAUUAUGAAAUAUUACAACAAAUUAAAAUAGCUGAUUUCUAUUUGAAUAUAUUUACAAAUGUUAUUUAUUCUUGUGAUGCAGUGCUGAAUUUUCAGCAUAAUUAAGCACUUUUGCUCACCAAGGCUACAUUUUUUUUUUAUUCAAAAUUACCAAAAACAUAGGAAAACUGUGAAAUAAUUAUUACAAAUUAAAAUAGCUGUUUUCUGUUUGAAUAUGUUUUUAAAUUUUAUUCAUUAUUGAGAUGCAAACUUGAAUUUUCAAGAACAUUAAGCUCUUUUGCUCUCCAAGGCUGCAUUUAGUUGAUUAAAAUUAUUAAAAAUAGUAAAAUUUUGAAAUAUUAUUACAAAUUAAAAUAGCUUUUUUCUGUUUGAAUGUUUUAAAAUGUAAUUUAUUAUUGAGAUGCAAAUCUGAAUUUUCAAGAUCAUGAAGCUCUUUUGCUCAAAAAGGGUGCAUUUAUUUAAAAUUACCCAAAAAAUACUAAAAUUGUGAAAUAUUAUUACAAAUGAAAAUAGCUGAUUUCUAUUUGAAUAUAUUUUAAAAUAUAAUUUUUUUCUUGUGAUGCAAAGCUGAAUUUUCAGCAUCAUUAAUCUUUUUCGCUCAACAAGGCUGAAUUUAUUUGAUCAAAAUUACCCAAAAAAUACUAAAAUUGUGACAUAUUAUUACAAAUUAAAAUAGCUGAUUUUUAUUUGAAUAUGUUUUGAAGUGUAAUUUAUUAUUGAGAUUAAAUCCUGAAUUUUCAAGAUCAUUAAGCUUGUGCUCACCUAGGCCGCAUUUAUUAAAAAUUAUCAAAAAAUACUAAAAUUGUGAAAUAUUAUUACAGAUUAAAAUAGCUUAUUUCUAUUUAAAUAUAUUUUAAAAUGUAAUUUAUUCUUGUGAUGCAAAGCUGAAUUUUUAGCAUCAUUAACCUCUUUUGCUCACCAAGGCUGCAUUUAUCUGAAUAAAAUUACCAAAAAUAAACUUAAAAUUUUGAAAUAUUAUUACAAAUUAAAUUAGCUGAUUUCUAUUUGAAUAUGUUUUAAAAUAUAAUUUAUUCUUGUGAUGCAAUGCUGAAUUUUCAAGAUCAUUAAGCUCUUUUGCUCACCAAGGCUACAUUUAUUUGAUUCAAAUUAAAAAGAAGAAAAGAAAAAAAAAACUAAAAUUGUGAAAUAUUACAAAUUAAAAUAGCUUAUUUCUAUUUGAAUAUAUUUUACAAUUUUCAGCAUCAUUACUCCAGUUUUCAGUGUCACAUGAUCCUUCAGAAAUUAUUUUAAUAUGCUUAUUUGCUGCUCAAAAACAAUAUUAUCAAUAUUGAAUUAUCAAUAUUGAAAACACUUGUGCUGCUUAAUUUUUUGUGCAAACUUUUUCUGUUUUCAGGAUUCUUAGAUGAAUAAAAAAGAACAUUUAUUUAAAAUAGUGUCUUUACAGUCACACUUGAUCAAUUUAAUGCAUUCUUGCUGAAUAAAAGUAUUAAUUUCUUUCCAAAAAAGAAACCCCAAAACUGCUGUGUACUUGGAUAAAUAAUUUUUUCAAGCCUUCAUGUCAAUAAAUGUUUCAGAGACUGUAGUUGGCAUCUCAGUGGUGUUCAACUAAUUGCCAAUGAAGUCCUAAUGAUGCCAGCUAAUUUGCAAACUGAAGUCCCUGUCCUUGUGCCAUGUUUGAGUUUUCCUUUCGAUCUCUUUCGCUCUUUGUCUGUAAUCUUUAAGUAACUAUAUUGGUCUGAAGCACUAGAUUUUGAUGAGUACUCAAGCUGUCAGAUCCCAGCCGAAAGAAGCUUUUGUGCUGUGCCUUCCCUGUACUUAUGACAGGACAGGUCAAGGUGAGAUGGCAGACGUGACCCAGAUACUUUCUGACAUUGUCACUGUGAUGCUUUAAUGUGUCAAAGCUUUUGAAAGAUCGAGCAGAAAAGAGAAGGAAUUGGAGAUAUGAGACUUGUGCUUUGAUCAUGGUCAGGCUUGGCUAGAGAUCAACUGGGGAAAAGGGAGAUUUAUGGUAGGAUAUGUUGAAGUGAACAUGAAAUUAGUUUUUUUUUUUCCAUUUUACUUUCUUAAUCUGUCAUAUUUAUGGAGAAAACAAUUAAGAUUUUAUCCAUAAGAGUUGUUUUGACUGAAAAAAAAAUGGGUGUUCUAUACCAGAAUAGAGGAAAAAUGUUUCUCCAAAUUUUUUUUUGGAGUAAAGCAUACUAAAUCAUGGACAAUAAGACCUGAAAUGUCUAUUAGGAAAAUAAAUAAGAUACAUUUUGAUUUUAUUUUAUGGUUAUUUUACACAAAAAAGCUAGAUUGUGGAAUAAAAGUCUAGAAAUGUAUAUUAGAAAAGUAAAUAGGCUGAAUUUUUUUUAUUUUGUUUUGUGCUUAUUUGACACAAAACAGCAAAAUCAUUAAUAAAAAGACCAGGAAUGUGUAUUAGGAGAGCAAAUAGGGUGGAUAUUGAUUUUAUUUUAUGCCUGUUCCACACAAAACAGCUAAAAUUAUGGAUUAAAAGGCCAAGAAUGUGUAUUAAGAAAGUAAAUAGGGUAAUUUUUGAUUUUGCUUUAUGCUUGUUUGACACAAAACAGCUAAAUAAUGGAUAAAAAUUAAAAUUGUUCGUUUUAAUUUGUUACUUUUAAUUUUAUUUCAUGCCUAUUCCACACAAAACAACUAAAAUGAUGGAUUAAAAGGCCAAGAAUGUGUAUUAAGAAAGUAAAUAAGGUGAAUUGUGAAUUAAAAGACCAGGAAGAUGUGUUAGGAAAGUAAAUAGGGUAAAUUUUGAUUUCUUUCUAUGGUUAUUUUACACAAAACAGCUUAUUUGUGGACAAAAAGGCCAAGAAUGCGCAUUAAGAAAGUAAAAAGGGUGAGUUUUGAUUUUACUUUAUGCUUAUUUUACACCAAACAACUAAAUCAUGGAUAAAAAAAAGACCAGAAAUGUGUAUUAAGAAAGUAAACAGGAUAAAUUUUGAUUCCUGUUCAUGCUUAUUUUACACAGAAAAACUAAAAUUAGUAAUAAAAAGUCCAAGAAUAUGUAUUAAGAAAGUAAAUAAGGUGAAUUUUGAUUUUAUGCUUAUUUCACACAAAACAGCUUAUUUAUGGACAAAAAAGCCAAGAAUGUAUAUUAAGACAGUAAAUAGGGUACAUUUUGAUUUUAUUUUGUCUAUUCCACACAAAACAACUAAAAUUAUGGAUAAAAAGGCCAAGAAUGCAUAUUAAUAAAGUAAAUAGGGUAAUUUUUUAUUUCGCUUUAUGCUUGUUUGACACAAAACCGCUAAAUCGUGGAUGAAAAAGCUAGAAAAGUGCAUUAAGAAAGUAAAUAGGGUGAAUUUUGAUUACACUGUAUGCUUAUUUUACACAAAAAAAAAAAAAAAAAAAUUACUUUUUUUAAUUUAAAUUUUAUUUUAUGCCUAUUCCACACAAAACGGCAAAAUCGUGAUUAAAAAAACAGGAAUAUGUGUUAGGAAUGUACAUAGGGGGAUUUUUGAUUUUAUUUUGUGUAUAUUUCAUGGAUAAAAAGACAAAGAAUGUGCAUUAAGAAAGUAAACAGGGUGAAUUUUGAUUUUAUCUUAGUCUUUUUGUCCACAAUUCAGUCGUUUUGUGUGAAAAUAAGCAUAACAGUGUGUAUUAAGAAAGUAAAUGAAGAGAAUUUUACUUUAUGCUUAUUUGACACAAAGCAGCAAAACCAUGGAUAAAAAGACAAAGAACAUGCACUGAAAAUUAACCAGGGUGAAAUUUGAUUUUCUUUGUUUAUUUCACAUAAAAUGGCUAAAUCAUGGAGAAAAUGAUGGGAAAUGUCUAUUAAGAAAGUAGAUAGGAUCAGUUAUGAUUUCGCUUUGUGCUUAUUUGACACAAAACAGCGUCUAAUUUUAAAACACUUAACGUUAGAGGAAAAUUUGAUCAAAUAAUGUACAAGAGUAAUGAGGAAAGGUAAAAGACUCCAGUGCUCCUGUAGUGUGGCACAGUUUCUAUCUAUCAGGGCAACUCGCAAAGUCAGCGCAACCCAAAAUCCAUCCCGAAAGAAUGAGAGGAGAGAGAUUGCGUGCAAACCCUGAGGGAGGGAAGUGAAAAAUUGGGUGGAAAGACUGAGAAAAGGAGGCGAUAAGACUGUGAGGUUUGGUUUCUCUCUCUGUCAGUCCUGCGGGGUUAAUCGACAGACUAUUAGCUCAGCGUAAGCUCAGAGUUAGCCAGCCCGCUGCAGACUGUCUGAUGCACUCCAGGGGCAAAUUAACGUCUCCGAAAUGAAAAUAGUGAAUCUUUUAAUUGGCAGUGACAUGACUGCGAGAUAAGAUGGUGUACAGACAAGCCAGUUAAAGAAACGGAUCACCGAAAAACUAAAGUUUUCUCACCCUCAUGGUGUCCAUUCCUUAUUUUUUUGUUGGAGAAGAAAGGAGACAUUUAGAAGAAAGUUUGAGCUGCUGUUUUGAAGGUUAUUUAUUGCCAGGCUGCAAAAAGGGCAAAACUGUCCAGUUUCACCGUGGAAUACAAAUAUUAAAAGGUUAACUGCGACUUUAUAUCUUAAAAUUCAGAUCUCUCUGUUCUGGCUUUUUGCUCACGAUUCUGAUAAAAAGUCCGAAUUGUGGGAUAUUAGCCAAAAAACACGUUUGUGAGAUGUGAACUCAGAAAGUCCAAACUGAAAGAUGUAAACUCAUGAAAAAAAGUCAUGACAUGUGAACUUAAGAAUUCAGAGUAAAAAAAAAAAAAAUCAGAAUUGCAAAAUUUAAACUCUGAAUUCAGAGAAAAACAUCAGAAUUGCAAGAAAAGUCAAAAUUGUGACCCGUGAAUUUAGAGAAAAAAAAUCUAAAUUGUAAUGUGAACGCAAAAUGCUGAGAAAAAUUUCAGAAUUGCAAGAUUUAAACUCAGAAUUCAGAGAAAAACAACAGAAUUGCAGGAAAAAAGUCAAAAUUGUGACAUGUAAACUUAGAAUUUAGAGAAAAAAUUCCAAAUUGCAAGAUUUAAACUCAGAAUUCGGAGAAAAAAAUGUAGAGAAAAAAUGUCAAAAUUGUGAUAUGCAAAUUAUAGAAUUGCAAGAUUUAAACUCAGAAUUCUGAGAAAAAUGUCAGAAUUGCAAGAUGUAGACUCUGAAUUUGGAGAAAAACAUCAUAUUGUGACAUGCAAACUUUAGAGAAAAUUUUGAGAAAAAAAAUCUGAAUUACAAGCUUUAACCUGAAUUCAAAGAAAGAUGUCAGAUUUGCGAGAUAUAAACUCAAAGUUUAGAGAAAAAAAUGUCAAAAUUGUGACAUGCAAACUAAAAAUUUAGAGAAAAAAUAUAGAAUUGCAAGAUUUAAACUCAGAAUUAUAAGAAAAACAUCAAUGUUGCAAGAUGCAAACUCAGAAUUUAGAGAAAAAAUGUCAAAUUUGUGACAUGCAGACUCAAUAUUUAGAAAAAAAAAAUUAGAAUUGCAAGAUUUAAACUGAGAAUUCUGAGAAAAACGUCAGAAUUGUGAGUUGUAAACUCAGAAUUUAGAGAAAAAAAGUCAAAAUUAUAACAUGAACUCAGAAUUCAGAGACAAAAAACAUCUGAAUUGCAAGAUUUAAACUCAAAAUUUAGAGAAAAACAGUCAAAAUUGUGAAGUUAACUCAGAUUUCAGAAAAAAAUCACAAUUGCAAGAUGUAAACUUAGAAUUUAGAGGGGAAAAAAAGUAAAAAUUGUGAAGAUAACUCAAAAUUCACAAUUGCAAGAUGUAAACUUGGGUAUUUAGAAAAAACAUCAAAAUUGUGACAUGCGAACUCAAAAUUUAGACAAAAAAAUUAAGAACUGCAAGAUGUAAACUCAAUAUUUAGAGAAAAAAAAUUUGAAUUGCAAGAUUUAAACUCCAAAUUCAGAGAAAAACAUCAGAAUUGUGAAAUGUAAACUCAGAAAAAAAAAAUCUGAAUUGCAAGAUUUAAACUCAGAACUCAGAGAAAAAAAAAGUCAAAAUUCUAACAUGAGCUCAGAACUCCAAGACAAAAAAAAUGAUUUCAAAUUCAGAAUUUAGAGGGAAAAAAAUCUAAAUUGCAAGAUUUAAACUCAGAACAAAGAGAAAAAUGUCAGAAUUGCGAAAUAAAAGGUCGCAGUCAUAUAUUCUAAAAAUAUAUUAAGUGAAUGAAACAUGCUUCCACACAAAACAGCUCCAUUAACAGCAUGAUAAAUGUAGAAAAAGGCAAAUGGGUUUGAAUCAACAUGAGGGCGAGUAAAUGACAGGUUUUGUCUGUAGCUGGAUGGUUGGAUUCCUGUCCAUGUGUUGUUGUCAGGGAUACCUGUCUGUCAUCGAAUGUUUCUAAGGCACAAACUGAGAGGAUUAAACAGACAAUCACCGUGGCAACCGUGGAAAGAGGCAAGCAGCCCCUCUAUAGCAACCAGCCGAGUCUGUGAUACCUGCAUUCCCACACACUUAUAAACUGCAGCUGCUGCUCACUUGGUUAGAUUUCAUUCAGCUACAUUACAGGAAGGGUUUGGUUAUGUUCGCAAUGGAAUGCUAGCAUGCAUACUGCGUUACUGUAGCUCAGACAGCACGGUGCAAGAAACACAGAGAUCAUGGGACUGAUUCCCUGGGAAUGCAGGAACUAAUAGAAAAUGUAAAAUUAUUUAGAUAAAUUUAUCAGAAGCAUAAAUGUAGUGGUAUACUUUAUACUGACUAUAUUUAUGCAUUUAACCUAAAAUUCAGAUCUCAUUCAAGAAAACUGGUCCAAAAAUGAUUCAGAGUCACAGCUGAUAACACUUGUUUAUUAAAGAUGUGUAUUACAUAACACUGGGUAUUGUAAAAUAAUUCAAAACUCUUUCUAGAUACAAAUCUAUGUCCUGUUAUUUUAGUAUUGUUUAAAUAUAGUAUUUAUUAUUUUAAAAAUUAGAUUUUUUAAUGAAUUUUAUUUUUUUAAGUUUUAUUGUUUUGUUAAUUUUAUGUUUUGUUUUUUUUGUCAUUUUUUUUUUCUUUUUAUAUUUCUAUUCAGCUUGAUUUUUUUUUAUUUUGGUUUAGUUUUUUAGUACUUUAAUUUAUUAUUAAACUUUUUUUUUUUCAUUUAUGCAAUUCCAAUGCAAUAUCUCUUAUUUUAUUUUAGCUUUUGGCUGUUGUUUUAUUUUUCUAUUUGACUGUAUUUUCAUUCUAGCUUAAUUUUAGUCAUUUUCAGUCAGUACUUCAAUUUAUUAUUUGUUUUUUAAUUUUAUUUCAGCCUUUAAAAAUGUUAAUUUUUAAUUUUUAAUUUUAAAUCAGUAGUACUUCAUUAUUGAGCUUAUUUAUUUAUUUUUAGCCUUUAAUAUUUUUUUUAGCCUUUAAUUUUUAGUUUAGUUUAGUUUCAGUAAUUUUAGUUCAAUUUAUUAUUUAGCGUUUUAAUUUUCCCCCCCAAACAGAAAGAUUUUUAACAGUUUUAGUGUUAGUUGUACAGCACUACUUAGUGCAUGCACUGCAAAAAAAACAAAACAAAAAAAAAACACACUUUGUUGAGUCAACUUCAAAUAAUUUGUUACCCUGCAGACUUCAUAUUUUAAGUCAACUCAAAUAAGUUUAGUCAACUUGAAAUGUAAAACUAACUGAAAACUUAGAUAUUUGAGUUGACUAAACAAACAAUUUGGUUUGUUAAACUUAAAAGCUGGGCUUGUUACCCAGCUGCCUUAAAAUUUAAAGUUGAAUGAACUCAAAUAUUGAAGUUGUCCCUUAGUACAACUUAACAUUUCAAGUUAUUAAGGCAGUCAAUUUUAAGGCAGCCGGGUUACAAAUUACUUUAAGUUGAAUCAACAAAUUGUUUCUUACAGCGUACUUAAAAAAACAAUACUGUAGUAUGCUAGUAUGCCAUUUGCGAACAUAUCCUAUAUUAAAUUCAUAUCAGUCUUUAAACUCCACAGAAAUCUUAUGAAUUCAGUUAAUGCACUUUUAGUGUUUGUGAUAAACGGUGUGUCUCUAAAUGAGCUGGAAGUGUGCACUUCAUAGUACUUGGUCUGUUUGCUUUAAACUAGAUAUACUAACUAAAUUACCCAUUUGUUUCAUCGCAGCUAGCGAGUGAUUAAAGACGCUGCUAAGAUUGCAAUACUGUACAUGCCAGAGUUUGUUCUCUAAAGGCACGUACACAUUAGUUAUAUUCUAAUACCAUUCUGGAAGGGCCUCUAAUCUUCCCUCGACUGUGCGCGCGCCCAGGCAGCUGUCUUGAUUAGCGCCGACAGCAGAUCAGUCUCGUCUGUGUGCUCACUGUGCAGUAAAGCACUGCGGUCUCAGCCACAACAGGACACAGUUCCCAGUCAUCAGUCAAUGCCCAACAACUCCGGCUUUGUUCCCUAGCAAAGAUCUGGCUAAUUUGGCACAGCACCGAGUGCGGCAGGCCGUCGUCUCCCGGAAAGAGAGCCUUCGCUCGGGCUUAAUGGGAGGUCUGUGCCAUGAAUCGGACGACAGACUGUCUGGACGCUCGCUCUGCUGACCAUUUUGGCUCGGCGAGGGCAAACACAGAAGGCUGUGAAGAUUCAGUGUUUGAAGGGAUUAUUUAUUCUUGAAAGGUCAAAUUGUUUGCUGGCCCUGAGUGAGAGAUGUUCAGACCGGGAGUGUUUGUGUGUCAUUUUCUGGGCCUCUUUCAGCGGUUUGUUUGCGUCUCGGGGGUGUUGAAGGACUUUGCUGUAGAUGUUUAAUAAGGUGAAUGAAAUGGUGCUUGUAGAGACGCUCUGAGCGCUGCGAUUGCUGAGUGUCCUCAAACAAACUGAGCGCUGUGGGAAGCAGUGAUGUGGAAAAAUUAUUCAGCCUGAUUUUCUGAGCGGAGUUGGUGCUGCUGUUGUGUACGUUUGGGUUUAGCUAGCUCAUUUGUUGGUGAAUACUUGAUCUACAUGGUCAAAAAUGUUUUUGAAAGAAGUCUCUGAUACCCACCGAGGCUUUUUUUUUAUUAAUAAUAUUGUGCAGUAAUAUUGUAAAAUAUUUUUGCCAUUUAAAAUAACUAUUUUCAGUAGCAAUGUGUUUUAAAAAUGUAAUUUAUGCCAGUGAUCAAGGCUGAAUUUUUAGCAUCAUUACUCCAGUCUUUAGUGUCACAUGAUCCAAUCAUUCUAAGGUGCUGAUUUGCUGCUCAAUUAUUAGAUGUUUUUACUGGUUUUUAUUAUUAUCAGUGUUGAAAAAUCAAUGUUUUUUUGAUGAAUAGAAAGUUUAAAAUAAGUGUUUAUUUAAAAUAGAUUUAUUUUGUAACAUUAUAAAUUAGGGGUCAACCAAUUAUAAGCGCCGAUAUUAAGCAUUUUUAUGGUUAUCGGUAUUGGUCAUUUUCAAAACUGAUGUUUUUUCUGAAUUUUUUUGAGUUUUUGUCAGAGCCCUUGUUAUUCUUAAUUUUGACAUUAAUUUUAAUUUUUACACCAGACAUAUAUAACAUAUUGGUUCAACAUAUCGGUUGUUGGUCUACUUGAUCUGUAAUAAUUGGUAUCAGCAUCAGCCCUGAAAAACACAUAUCAGUCAACCUCUAAUAUCGCCAAUAUAUCGUUUAUAUAUUGGUUCAAAAUAUCAGUUAUCGGUCUACUUGAUCAGUAAUAAUCGGUAUCAGCCCUGAAAAACACAUAUCGGCCCACCUCUAGAAAUAUAUCUUCCUGGCUGAUUAUCUGCCCCAAUAGUAAGCAUUUUUAUGGUUAUCGGUAUCGGCCAUUUUCAAAUCUGAUUUGCCGAUUAAAUCAUUUAAAAGCAUUUAAAGAGUUUUUGUCAGAGCCCUUGUUAUUAAUUUUGACAGAAAUUUUAAUUUAUACACUAAUGUCUGAUAUAUAUGUCUGGUGUAUAAAUUUAAAUUUAUACACCAGACAUAUAAAUAUAUAUCGGUUCAAAAUAUCGGUUAUCAGUCUACUUGAUCUAUAAUAAUCGGUAUCGCAUCGGCCCUGAAAAAACAUAUCGGUUGGCCACUAAAAUAUAUAUCGGCCUCGUGAAUUAUCUGCGCUGAUAUUAAGCAUUUUAUAGUUAUCGGUACCCCCAGACACAUACAUCGGUGCAAAAUAUCGGUUAUUGGUCUGCUUGAACAGUAAUGAUCGGCAUCAGCCCUGAAAACCACAUAUCAGUCCACCUCUAGAAAUAUAUUGGCCUGGCUGAUUAUCUGCUUUUUAAUUUAAAAGCAUUUAAAUAUUUUUUGUCAGAGCUGUUAUUUUCCUUAAAUUUAAUUUAUACACCAGACAUAUAUAUUGGUUCAAAAUAUUAGUUAUCGGUCUACUUGAUCUGUAAUAAUCGGUAUCGCAUUGGCCCUAAAAAAAACAUAUCGGUUGGACACUAAUAUAUAUCAGUGUGGUCGAUUUUCUGUGCCGAUAUUAAGCAUUUUUAUGGUUAUCGGUAUGCCAGAUAUAUAUAUAUAUAUAUAUAUAUAUAUAUACAGAUACAUCAGGUCUAAAAAAAAUCGGUCGACCCCUUUUAUAAUGUCUGCUGUCACUUUUGAUCAGUUUAAUGAUUAAUUUACCCCAUUUUUUGGUUGAUACUGAAUCAUGAUACGGUUUCCACAUCAGCAUGACCGUUUUCAUCACUGAUAAUAAAUGUUUCUUGAGCAGCAAAUCAGCACAUUAGAAUGAUUUCUGAAGGAUCAUGUGACACUGAAGACUGGAGUAAUGAUACUGAAAAUGUGUAUUUGUUCACAGGAAUAAAUUAUAUUUUAAUAUAUAUUCAAGUAGAAAACAAUUAUUUUAAAUCCUAAUAAUAUUUCACAGUUUUACUGUUUUUAAUGUAUUUUUGAUCAAAAAAAAACAAGGGACUUCUUUUAAGAAAAUUAAAAUAUCUUCGUUAUGUAAAUGUAUAUUCCAAAGCUCCUCUGGCAAAUAAUUAUUCUAUCAGAGAAAAACACUAAAUGUAUAACACAGUGCCACAGAAAUAGCUUGCUCGUUUGUGGGGCUGCAGCUAGUUUAAGAACUCAAAUUAGAAUGACUUCAGGUUUUUGGCGCCUUCCUUCAUUUUCUUUCAUCAGCCUCAGUAGAUGGAUAAAUUUAGGUGCAUUUUUACAUACUGUGAAUUUGGUUGCUUCUCCGUUGAUGACAUGGUUAAUAUCUCUCUGCCCUUCACCAGACAAAUUUUCAAAUCAAAAACUGAAUAUUAAUGUGAUCACAGAUGGUAGAUCUCGUUAUCACCCUGUUUUCUGAGCACACUGAUAUAUCUAGUACUUUAUUAUCAAGCAGUGUUAUUUUAGUAUUAUUUAUAGCAUUUAUUAAUAUAGUUUUAGCUUUUAUUUUUAUAUUCUAAGUUUUCAUAUUAGUUUUAGCAAUUUCAUUAUGUGCUGUUGUCAAAAGCAUUGCUGUUUUUAUAUUUGAUAUUUUUUUUAUAUGUCAAUAGUUUCAGUACUUUAACAUAUUUUGGUUACUUGCCAAAGAAAUAUUUUAUACUAGUUUUCAUCUAAUAAUUAUAUUUUGUUUUAUUUCAGCUUUAUUUCAAUUAACACAUUUUAAUAGUUUUACCUUUAGUGCUUUGUGUGUGUGUUUAAAAUCCAGUAUGUUCGGUUUUAGACCUUUUCUUUGGCUAAAAAAUUCAUAAUCUCAAAAUCACAAAGCAUACAUCCGUUUUAACAUUAUCAGAGUAACUGAGGAAAGACUGCCUCAUGGUGGCCAUUAUAUGUAUGACAAGAGGAGGAAGGCAAAGGCACUAGUCUCUCUGUCUAUGCAUUGCUAAACAUUUAGUGGGCACAUUAUAAAGGUUGCACUGGAAAUGACAAUGUAUUGAUUAUUCUUUCUUUUUUCUUCUUUUAUCCACUCACCUGUCCUGACUUGCUUGUAUUUUAUCCCAAGUCCAUCCUUUCCUGACCUCUUCUUCUUAUGCUGAGGUUAUAAUAGCCCAGCGUCUUUGUAUUUCUGACAUAAAUAUUAAUACUAGCCCAUAUCUAUUCCUGCAGUCAUGCAUUUGUCCUGUACAAGUAAAUAUAGUGCUAACACACUUGUUGCAAAGUCAAUAAAUAGGAUUUUAAUUCUA